AAGAGUUGAGUCACCAAAAAUCACGACUUCACUGCAUACACUGUCUCUCCUUUUAGGGUUUAACGAAAAAGGUCAAUUGAAAAAUCUUUGCUUUACAAACUACGAACAAAAAACUGUACUUGAUAUUUUUAGUGAUCGCUAACAAUGGAGAAUGAAAUUGAAACUCAUCCGUCCUCCCCAAAUCCCCUGCCCCCGCCUCCCCCUCCUCCUCCACAGGCCGAAGAAGAAGACCAGCCCAACCCCAAGAAGCUCAAAAUGUCCACCACCACUUCAGACGACGAACAAAUCGACCCGUCUUCAAAUCCUCAAGAAGAAGGGAAUGCCGACACGCCCCAGAAAAAACCCAGAUACAAGCGCCGCAAAAUCGCUAUGUUCUUCGCUUACUGUGGCGUGGGCUACCAAGGGAUGCAGAAAAACCCCGGAGCUAAAACCAUCGAAGGUGACCUUGAAGAAGCCCUUUUUCUCGCCGGAGCCGUACCGGAGCAAGACCGGGGUUGUCCUAAGCGAUUUGAUUUUGCUAGGUCUGCCCGGACCGAUAAGGGGGUUAGCGCCGUCGGCCAAGUUGUGUCUGGCAGGUUUUACAUCGACCCGCCUGGUUUAGUCGAGCGUUUGAAUUCGAUUCUGCCUCCCCAGAUUCGGAUUUUCGGCUACAAGCGCGCGACCGGGGCGUUUAAUGCCAAGAAAUUCUGUGAUAAACGGAGGUAUGUUUAUUUGAUCCCUGUUUUCGCUCUUGAUCCUAGCUGUCACCGUGACCGGGAGAGUGUUUUAGCUAGUUUAGGUUCUGGAAAUGAGUUGGUUAAGUGCUUAGAGUGUUCCGAAAGAGGACGUAAGGUUGUUGGAAUCAUGGGGAAGCGUAGCUUUGAAUCGAAAAAUGGCGGUGAGGCCAUUUUGGAUUGUGCUGUUCAGUCGGGCGUUUCGUCGAACAGUGGGAAUGCAGAAGUUAGUGGGGAAUUAGAAAAUGCUGGGGAAGUUUGUGUAGUUCAGUCGGACAUCUCAUUGGACGAUGGAAAUGCUGGGGAAGUAAAGAAUUCCUCUGCUGAUGCCAAUGGCAAUGGUGACAGUAUGGAGUUGUUAAAGGAUGGUAUUACUCCUGCUGUUGAAAAAAGUGAGGAAGUUUUGAAAAAGGCUGAAUUCUGCUAUGGCGAAGAGGAGAAGGAAAGGUUUAAUAGAAUCUUAAAGUACUACGUGGGUACACACAAUUUUCAUAAUUUCACUACUAGGACGAAAGCUGAGGACCCAUCUGCUAAGAGAUACAUCAUCUCGUUUGAAGCGAACACUACUGUAACAGUUGAAGGUAUUGAGUUUGUCAAGUGCGAAGUUGUUGGGCAGAGCUUCAUGCUUCAUCAGAUACGAAAAAUGAUUGGUCUUGCGGUUGCCAUUAUGAGGAAUAUUGCUCCAGAAUCAUUGAUUGAGUCAGCUUUUAGGCAGGACGUGGACAUAAACGUACCCAUGGCUCCUGAGGUUGGACUCUAUCUGGACGAGUGUUUCUUUUCAUCUUACAAUAAGAAGUGGAAGGACACUCAUGAAGAGUUGUCCAUGAAGGCUUAUGAAGAGGAGGCACAGGAUUUUAAAAUGAAGUUUAUCUACACGCACAUUGCCUCAACAGAACACAAGGAAGGAGUUGUCGCACUGUGGUUGCAUUCACUGAAUUAUCGUAACUACUCUGAUUUGCGCAAUGGAAGCAAUGAAAUCAAACCUGAUGUUGCAAGCCUUGAGGUUGAGGGCAAGGUUGGGUAAGUUAAAAACAUUAUAUUACUUUCCCCCCCACCCCCCCACCCCCAAACAACACACACACACACACACACACACCGUCUGCUUUUUGCAAGUUCAAUUGUCAGUUGCUUAUUUCCCGUUAAAGCCUGUAACGAUACCAACUUUCAUAAGAUACACACAUGUCCAGACUUAUAUAUUAGAUGCAUAUUGAACUGUAAAGCACCCGUGAAAUGGCUUAAUAUCUGUUGGAAUCACACUAAUCUGUUUAUUUAUCCUUGAUCUUUCUAGCAUUUGGUAGCACUUUGGUGUUUCUUGUUCUGGCAUGUGGUCCUUUUUUACUGCAUCUGUUAUGUUGAGCUUGAAUAAAAUACAGAGUAGAGUUUAAUUUUGAAAUUCUUGCUAGUUUGCUAUAUGGUGUGUAGACCGCUUGGAGGUUGAUGCCAUAUUGAGUCUUUUCCAUCUUUUUGUAAUUGAAACUGGCUUGUUGGCAUGGCAAUUAGGCACAAGCAUUUCCUAAGAGAUGAUGCAAGGAGCGACCUUUAAAUUCUAAUCAUUAAAACUCUACAGUUUGGAUAUUGAGAAUGGUUAGGAUGAUUUUUCAUAGUCGAAAUCCAGGAUAGGUUGUGAUCAUUAUAACGUGGAAGCAUAUUAUGAUGGAGGAAUUCUUUGAACCAUAUUAAUAACAUUCAUCUGUUUCAGUGACAGUGUGUAACCAUGCUAUGAUGACUUGAAAGGAUGGUAUAAUCUUCUUUAAAUUGGAGACAACAAGAGCAGAAGCCUGUCUAGUAUGCUUUCAACAUAGUUCCGACUUUGACAGACCAGCGCAUGGUAUGACGUUGAGCCUGGGGGAAUGCCCUGCUGUUUCAAGAUGACGCUGAGGUUUCUGUGCCACGGGUUUUCUCACUGAUGCCGUGGCUCAUCGGUAUUUCUGCUUGCAGUGGUCUGCAAUUUGUUCUAGAAUUGAAAAAUGGUUUUCCUUACUAUUAACAGAUCAUUGUUCAACUUCCAUUCACCUAUUCAGUUUUAUUGAAGGAGAAAUAUGAGAUGGAAAAAACAAACCUACUUUAGUUAUUCAUUUCUGGGCUUGCCACAGCCCUUAACACUAUAACCCAAUUUUAUUUUUCCUGUUGGGAUGAAAAAUUACUUUGCAUAUCAACAUCUGUGAACUUCCGGCAAGCAUAGGUUGUAACUUGAGGCAAUGAAGCAAAUUUUAGACUUGGAUAAAUCAGAUGAUC